CGACAUGACUCAUUGUGUUCAGACUCACACGGCAGUUGAGGGCCCGCCUUCCUCUUUGAGGCACGGCAGGAGCUGUGGCUUUGACGCAGAAGUCCCGGGGCUCAGACCCGGGGCCCUGUCUGCAGGGAGACCGCGCCGGCUGUGCAGCCCCGGCCAGGAGAAUUCCUCCCGCGGGGGCCGAGGACGCCCCGCCUGGCACGCGGCCGCCAGCCGUCCUACGGCCCAGGCAGCCCGUUCGUAUGAAUGAAGCCGCUCUCUGGGGCUGAAGCGGAAGCUGCCCUCCCCGGGGCUUAGGCAACGGGGAAGGAAACCGCCCAGGGCGGUGUGGCAGCUGGGACGCCAGGGCCACUGCCGGGACCACCUGCCCCUGCCUGCCGCGCUCGGACCGCCCUCGCCGCGAUGCAGUCUCCGGACCCCGAGGAGUUCCCGGUCGAUGAAGAGGAUGAUAUUUUUGGUGAAGGGCUGCCAGCCAGACUCCCCGAGAUCAUGCUGGUGGGGGCCCAGUCCUGCUCGCCGGGGGGGCCCAAUGGCAUCAUCCGCAGCCAGUCCUUCGCGGGGUUCAGCGGCCUGCAGGAGAGGCGGUCCAGAUGUAACUCCUUCAUUGAAAAUUCUGCCGCUGUCAAGAAGCCUCAGGCCAAACUGAAGAAAAUGCACAACUUGGGACACAAAAACAACAGCGCCCCCAAGGAGCCUCAGCCGGGCCGGGUGGAAGAGGUCUACCGGGCCCUGAAGGGCGGCCUCAGCGAGUACCUGGAGGUCCACCAGACAGAGCUGGACAAACUGAAUGCGCAGCUCAAAGACAUGAAGAGGAACUCGCGCCUGGGCGUGCUCUACGACCUGGACAAGCAAAUCAAAGCCAUCGAAAGGUACAUCAGACGCCUGGAGUUUCACGUCAGCAAGGUGGAUGAGCUCUACGAAGCGUACUGUAUCCAGAGGCGCCUGCAGGACGGCGCCAGCAAAAUGAAGCAAGCCUUCGGCGCGUCGCCCGCCAGCAGGGCCGCCCGGGAGAGCCUGGCAGAGGUGCACCGCAGCCACAAGGAGUACACCGAGAACAUGUGCGCCAUCGAGGUGGAGCUGGAGAGUCUGCUGGGCGAGUUCUGCAUCCGGAUGAAAGGUCUGGCCGGCUUCGCGCGCCUCUGCCCCGGAGACCAGUACGAGAUUUUCAUGAAGUACGGCCGGCAGCGGUGGAAGCUGAAAGGCAAAAUCGAAGUCAACGGCAGGCAGAGCUGGGACCGCGAGGAAAUGGUGUUCCUGCCCCUGAUCGCCGGGCUCAUCUCCAUCAAGGUCACAGAGGUCAAAGGGCUGGCGACCCACCUCCUGGUGGGCAGCGUGACCUGCGAGACCAAAGAGCUGUUUGCAGCCGAACCUCAGGUGGUGGCCGUGGACAUCAACGACCUGGGCACCAUCAAGCUGAACCUGGAGAUCGCCUGGUACCCGUUCGACGUGGAGGACUCAACCCCGUCCUCGGGUGCGGGGAGCAAGGCGGCCGCCCUGCAGAGGAGGAUGUCCGUGUACAGCCAGGGCACCCCGGAGACGCCCACCUUCAAGGACCACUCCUUCUUCGCGAAUCUGCCUGACGACAUCUUUGAGAACGGAAAGGCCGCCCAGCAGAAAACGCCCCUGUCUCUCAGCUUCAGCGACCUGCCCAACGGGGACUGCGCGCGCCCCGCCAGCCCCGCCGGCGGCCGCCCCAGCGCGUGCGCGGCCAACCCCGAGAUCACCAUCACGCCGGCCGAGCGGCGCCCGGGCAGCCUGGCCUCCGAGAACCAGGGCCCCGACGACUCCGGCUCCGCCUCUUCCAGAAGCUCCGCGGGAGGCGGCCCGGGGCCCCGGGCUCCCCCGGAGGAGGAGGAGGAGGAGGAGGACGCUGAGGGGCCCGGGAGCACCGAGGCCGGCCGCGCGCCCUCCGGCGCCGCGCCCGAGCGCCUGUUCCUGGAGAGGGACGUGGCCGAGGCGCUGCUGCGGGAGUCGGACGAGGCCUCGGAGCUGAAGCCCGUGGAACUGGACACGUUCGAAGGCAACAUCACGAAGCAGCUGGUGAAGCGGCUCACCUCGGCCGAGGUGCCGGCGGCCGCGGAGAAGCUGCUGUUCGAGGGCUCGGGCUCGGUCGGAGGGGAACCGGAAGGCUGCCGCGCCACCGCCUUUCUCGACGGGAGCCUGGAGGAUGCGUUCCACGGGCUUUUCCUCGCGCUGGAGCCGCACAAGGAGCAGUACACGGAGUUUCAGGACCUGAACCGCGAGGUGGUGCAUCUGGAUGACAUCCUGAAAUGCAAGCCCUCCGGAAGCCGCAGCACGCCCUCCAGCUUGAGUCUGACGGUGGAGAGCGCCCUGGAGAGCUUCGACUUCCUGAACACGUCGGACUUCGACGAGGAGGAGGAGGAGGAGGAGGCCGAAGAGGCGGGCACGGCCGGAGGAGGCGCCGACUCCGUGUUCUCAGACACAGAGACGGAGAAGAACAGCUACAGGCCGGCGCACCCGGAGGCCCGGGUGCACGUGAGCGAGGCGCUGACGGAGGACACGGGCGUGGGGACCAGCGUGGCCGGCAGCCCCCUCCCGCUGACCACGGGCAACGAGAGCCUGGACGUGGCCAUCGUCAGGCACCUGCAGCACUGCACCCAGCUCGUGCAGCAAAUCGUUUUCUCGAGCAAAACCCCCUUUGUGGCGAGAAACCUCCUAGAGAAGCUCUCCAGGCAAGUCCAGGUGAUGCAGCGGCUGGCGGCCGUCAGCGACGAGAGCGUGGGGGGCGUCGGCUCGGUCUCGGAAGCCCUCCCCGAGCUCCACGACAAGCUGCCCCUGCUGUCCUUCUGGACCCAGUGCUGCGGCUCGGCGGGCGCGUACCACAGCUCCGCGGACAGGGUGGUCCGGCAGCUGGAGGCCAGCUUCGCCGCAGCCGUCAACCGAGACCACCCGGGACUGGCAGACGCAGUGUUCCGCACCCUGGUGUCCCAGAUCCUGGACCGGGCGGAGCCCCUGCCGCCCUCCAGCCUGCCCUCCGAGGUCGUCACCGUGUUCCAGUACCACAGCUACUUCGCCAGCCACGGCGUGAGCGACCUGCCCGGCUACCUGCACCAGCUGGCCCAGCAAGUCGCCCUGGUGCAGAGCCUGCCGUCGCUGCGGGAGGACAAGCUGCUGCAGGCGGUCGGCGGCCUCACCGCCCACGGCCUCCCGGCCCAGCAGGAGGUGCUCCGGACGCUGGCCCUGCUGCUGACCGGCGGCCACAGUGGCGUCAGCCAGGCCGUGCGGCUGCACCUGGCCGAGGCCGCCAGAAGCGAGCCCUUCAGGGAGAAGGCCGUACUCUAUUACUGUGAAGCCCUGAGCGCGCCGGACCUGCAGCUGCAGAAGGCAGCCUGCCUGGCCCUGCGAAGCCUGCAGGCCACGGAGAGCAUCAGGAUGCUGGUGGCGCUGUGUCGGUCCGACGCGGAGGAGAUUAGGAAGGUGGCCUCGGACACGCUCCUGGCUCUGGGGGAAGACGGGCGGCUGGCCUACGAGCAGCUGGACAAGUUCCCUCGAGACGGCGUCGGCGUCGCGAGUCGCCCCGGGGUGGAGGUGGCCACGGCCUUCUGACGACCGGCUGGCUCGGCCGUCGCGGAGCCGUCCUCCCAAGGGCCUGGUGCUCCAGCGGCGCCGUGGCGGAGCCGGCCCGGGUGUCCCGCUCGCAGCGGGCCGCCGGGGCCACCUGGAAGUCGCCCGGUGCAGCAGCCUUCCCUCCGGUUCCGCGGCCCCGCCCCCUCCCGCGGCCAGCGCCUGGGGCCGGGUGCCCUGCGUGCGCUCGUCACGUGGCCGGCGAGUCCGAGCCCCUCCGACCUGCUGUGUGUGGGAUCUCAAAAUAGCCAUCUUCGCACUGUUGUGGAAGUUCUUCUGUCAGCGUGAGCCAGUCCCGUGAUUGACGCUUCGGUGCACGUCGUGCGGCUUGCGGUUCUUCCCCGCGUGUCUGAUCUCAGGGUGGAGCGCCCCUCCCCCAGCCACCCCCACUGCCCGCCCCGCCCCCCGUGCUGCCCCCGCCACCCAACUCUCCCUUAAAUGCAAAACACAAAAAAGAAUUCCUUCGAAUAAAAGUUUGCCUGCAGAACCUGGUAGAAUGACACAUUGUAGGAGUUUAGUGGUUUUUACAUUUCCUCGUUUCAGAAUGUCCACCAUUGCUUCCGCUUCUUUUCUCCACCCCGAAAGUUCCAAAAGCACGUUCCCCCCCGUGGUGAAAACACUGGUGGGAGACUCCAGGCCACCUGCUCACGAUCACACCCGCACGUGCUGAGAACAAAGACAGGCGAGGCGGAAGCUUUUAUUUUUUCAAAACCAAGAGCCAUUUUUUUAAAUGAUAUUGCUCAGUAGAGGUACCUUGCUGCUAAGACAAAUGAAAACCAAAAGUCCUGGGCUCAGAAGGCUGGGAUGCUCUUUGAGGAAGGAGGGAGAGCACAGAAGGUGCAGGGACAUCGACAGGGGUCCUGGCCUCUGUGACAAUUCCCGUGAGGGCAGGGGGCCAGCCCCCCUGCGCACUGCGGGCCGGUUCCUGCCCCCGCUGGGUCCCCUUGGCCAAAAAGUCCAAACGGCAGCCGCCCUCACAGCUCCGAUCAGGGUGCAGUGCACGGCCUCUCAGGACUGCUACCAAGGAACCUCUCUUCCCCUUGAGAGUAUUCGGGGUGGGAAAUGCCAAGAUAUCAAAUUUGGUGUGAGUGUAACUGAAACUGAACCCUGGGUGUGUUUGUACACGAUACCACAUGGGUGUCAUCUCAAAUGUUUCCGUUUGUAGCAAGACCUUGAAAAGCAACUCUGAUUUCAUUUUAAAGUUCACGUUGUUCGCCAGGCUUCCUGGCAACGAGUCCUUUUGACUGUGAAGUUGUAUAUAUACAUUUGUACAUUUGUAAAUAUUAUAUGUAUACAGAUAACCUUCCUUUUCAAUGCAUUGUACAGUGUAAUUCGUAUGUUUAGUCUUUGGUCGACAUUAAAUGGUUGACACGAUACUUUCUAUAGAACCUUAAGUCACAAAUGUUACAGUUUUUUGUUUGGUUUGUGGUUUUUUAAAAAAGUUUUUUGGAUAUUGCAUGAGUAAUGGACUCCAUCCCUUUUGUAUUCACUUCUGCAUUUUAUUUUUUGGUUGAGGGGGGUGCUUUUAGUUCUGCGGCAUUUGUAUCCAUCACUGUCUGUCUCGUGUAAGUUGCAAUAAAAGUUAUUUUUGAAUUUC